CCAAGACCUCCAACGAACGCAGCCGCGCUCGGCAACAGCUUCGGUAUGGUGGAAGUACUUCUGCUCCAACUUUUCUCCAUGCAGUCAGCCGCUCGUCUCGCCAGACUUGUGCGGUAGUGGAUGAGACUGUCAGUCCUCUGGACCCUCCGCCCCGUCUCCGUUGCAAAGGGUUCGUAUACUUGACAGGCACGUCCAAGAGUGGAGAUGAUGUCGGUGAGCGUUGUAGACGGCGUGGUUCAACUUGCUAUCAACAAGUACACAUCAUCUCUUCUGUGUCCCGUUCAGCCAUCGGGCCGUAUCAACGGAAAGAAGCCAUGAGCAGCUGGCCCAAUGAGCCUGGAGGCAAUACUCGCUCCAAAGUUGCUAUUCCUCGCAUAUCGGGUAGACACCCGCUACUCAAGCGUCAACGCGUCGCUCGAGCUUGUGAUGCUUGUCGCCAGAUUAAACUGAAGUGCAAUGGGAAUCGUCCAUCAUGUGACUAUUGUCUCACCAUUGGGAGCCCAUGUCUCUAUUCGGCUUCAAAGCGUGAAGUGCGACAGAUCAGUGUUCAACGUCUGGAAGAAAGAAUUCAAGACUACGAGUCCGCGCUGGGUGAAGUGCUCUUGCAUUGUCCCUCAAAGAAUUUUAAAACUGUUCUGGAAUUGAUAUCUGAGCGUCGUCCGGAAUUCCUCGCGGCUCUACAGCAGUCAGCACGACUGCCUCAAAGCCCUCCUGACUUGAAAAUCAACCUCAAUCUAGAGAGGAUGCACCUCACCUAUCGGGAUAAUCGAUUCGGAGAAGGCCUCUCUCUUCAGCGCCAACCUUUAAUCCAGACAAAAUCGAUACAGCAUUGGACCUCACUUGUCGAGGACGAUGUGGCCAGCCACUUACUAUCGUUUUACUUCAACUGGGAGAAUCCGACUUGGCAUUUGAUUGACCAGGAGCUUUUUAUUCAUGAUCUAGAAACGCGCUCUACAAAAUUCUGCUCCCCACUUCUAGUUCAUAUUGUGCUAUUGUUUGGCUGUAGCUUUUCAUAUGGUCUCCAUUCAUUCACCGAUAGGCGGCAGGAAAAAGCACUUGGACAAAACCUUUACGAUGAGAUCCUUCGACUUUGGGCACUGGAGAAGGACACAGCCGACAUCCCAACACUACAAUCUGGUAUCCUUCUUGGUUUACUAUGUUGUACUUUUGGAACCGAUCGACUGGGUACCGAGCUUAUCAUGAGAGGAGCGGCCAUGUAUUACAGGUCUGGUUUGCAUGAAGAGGGCGCUCCUUACUUUCAAUGCGCCAAUGACGAUCUGGGACAGAAUAUGGCCAGGGCCCAGAAGUUAAUAUCAUGGGGUGUUUUCGAUGUUCAAUCGCUCGCUUCCCAGGUGUACAAAAAAAAUAGUGAAUGGCCCCAGCCGCCACAAAUAGGUUUCUCUCUGGAAGAAGCAACGUCUUUGGAUGACAACAACACGUGGACCCCCUACCCAUUUCAAACUCCAAUAUUUGCGUCCAAUACUUAUAAAUUUGCUCGGUUCCGCGGCAAACUUGCGGGGCUGGUCAACGAGACUGCAACUUUCUCGCUCCAGUUGCGUGAUUCGGGCCCAAGUGAGAACAGUUGGGCCCAAGGCUGUGAGAUAUAUGAAAAGCUGCUACAGUGGAAUCAAGAGCUACCACUGGAAAUACAGCAAGAACGAAAGAGCACGCCUCACUGUCUGUGCUUACGGAUGUACUACCAAUGUACAGUGAUAAAUAUAUGUGACGUAUUCGAAACCCUUUCGAUCAGCCAGCCAGAAGGGAGACCCGAACUCGAUGCCGCAGGAAUCAAGUCCGGCGCAGUAGAGAUCCUAGGAUCCCUGAUCCUCCUCUAUAAACAUUUCCACGGGUGGAAAUCUGUCCCAAUCGUCAUGCUACACUACCUCUGCGUCGCGGGAAUCCACGCGAUCGCUAGACUAAGUCCGAGCGAAAUGAAGUGGAUGAAAGUCCUUGAGAGCAGUGUCUUGGGCCUUUGGAAUAUGGCGAUCGGAUGGGGCCGAUUGGGCAAGGCUUUCCUCAAGAUCCUUGCUUUUGUAUUGAGGGCCAGAAAGGUGGGGAAUGACUACAUUACGCCCAAGACGGCUGCAAUCAUGGACCAGCUUGAUGGCGCAUACUGGACUGCGACCGAUGCGGCGUCGUUGGCUGCGGACUAUGUUGUUCAUUCUGUUCCGUCGGAUUUGACAUCGACUUCUUCUGAUAUCGGCCGGGAAGUCACCGCACAGUCUGUGAACGAACUAAUAAAAGCCGCGCACCAGCUUGCUCUGUAGAUAAAUUGGAGAUAUUAAUGGUCUUUCGCAACAUGGUUGUGAGGAAAAUGCAGGCAUGAUGCCAUUGACUUCGUGUCACAUCUACUGUACCAGCACUUGGAAAUAACCGACGGUUUGAGAUUGCCCAGAUGGAAUAGAAAGGAGUGCUAGAUAAAUUGGUUAUUGAAGGUGUGCAGUCGCUAAUCAUACAUGUACAGUGUAAAGGCAAUCAGAAGAGAUGCCGGUAGAGUCACAAGCUCCCUGUGAAAUCAUUCCACUCAUUUGAAAACGCCUGCGAUGAAAGAACUUGGGUCCGAGAUCGAUGCCGAUAAAUCUAGAUCCGUCGAGAUACUUAUGCGGCCAGCGUCUGCAGCCGUAGCGGUACCACCCAUCUGUUGCCAAAGUCGAUACCGUGACGGCGACGAGUGCCGUACUUGCGCCACACGAUCUGCGGGAUACCAAUGUCGGCCACGGUAAGAUUCCAGGAAUCUCCUUCGCCGAUGAGUAAAGCAUUGAGGAUUCCGGUCUUCGGGGCCCCGAGGCAUACCACAGAUGAGCUGUUGACGCACAGACGACCGCCAUCAGCCAUGGUGACCUCACCUAAGUCCAGUUAUUAGUCGCGUCAGAAUAUGGCAAGUCACAUGAGGAUGAUACGUACCGCUGGAAGCCGACAUCCCGGAAGGAACAUCGACGGAGAGAAUUUCGACAUUGCUACGGUUUACCCAUGCAAUCAUCUCAAACGCAACGCCCUGGUCAUCAGUGCGCAGGUCGUCGAAGGCAAGGUGCAUGCCAAACAGGGCAUCAAUCACCAAGUCAGGAGCCAAGUCGGCGGUAGCGAGACGCGCUGCAAGGUCCUCCCAUUUGAGCACUCUUCCGCCAAUCUUCCUGAAAAUAUCCAGCUGCUUGCGGCAAUUCUCGAGCAACUCCUCUUCGUGCUCCAGCCCGAGCAGGCAUACGGUGACACGAUGUCCGCGGCUACGGAGAUGGCGGGCGGCAGAGAUCGCUCUUGCUCCGGUCCGGUGGUUACCAGUUAUGAUCAGAAUGGUAGGAGCAGCUGUAUCAUUGGAGAGCAGAGUAACUGCGGCUUCUGCGAUGCCUCGUCCGGCAUUUUCGGUGAGGAUGUCCUCCGACAAACCGAAUUCCGUCACGGCAAUUUGCUCCACUUCGAGUGUCUGCAGUGGGCUCACAGUAGGACAGCUGCGGUUAGUCGUCGUCAGUCGCAGCGUUGCACCAGCGGGGUUGACCCCAACCAUAGGCGACCCCGAAGAUCGGCUUGGCCGAGGGCUCGCAGCUCGGGAGGUGUUAAUCUGGCUGCGGCUGAGCGCACUGAUUUGAGGCACCAUUGGCUGUGCCAUGACCGUACUACUCUUGCGAGAGGUUUGGAUGCGCCCAGAAGCUCUUGACCGAUCACGUCCUGAAAUAUUCUCGCUACUGAGUCUGGCAUCACUAAUCACGUCGACAUCGUCGCCAGUGUCGCUGUUCGGAGGGCUAUCGAGCACGUUCUCCGUCCAGUGGAGGUUUUUUCCACCGUUCGUGCCGGGCUUUGGCCGACGGUUGAAGCUGACCAGGCGAGCCUCGUCGGCCGUGGUAUCAUCAUUGCGGAUCUCCUCAAACACACGUCGCUUGUCGAACUUGGACAGGUUGCUUUGGAAAUCGAAUUCCCCGAGUUCUUGGAUAUCGGUUGCAUCCUCCGUAGCCCACCCACUAGGGUCUUCGGCGUAAGCACGGCGCGACUUCUUCUUGCGGAGCUUUGCGCCUGGCUGGACUCCAUGUUCGGGUGAUCCAUGGUUGGCUGAAGAGGCAGGUUCCACAAAUGCAGUUUGGCGCCAGCCUUUGCUCUUGGGGUUUGUGCUUGCCGCAGUGCCAUGCUUGAUGAAUCCCUCGUCAUUUCCGCGCCGGCUUCGCUUCUGUGUCUGUUUAGUGGGCGUCGUCACGCUCUGUGCAACCUGAGGCUCCCUUGCAUGCAAGGCUCCAUGACCUCCAGCUUGCGCAACUCCCGUAUUGAGCUCCAAGUUGCUAAAUGGUUCGGUCAAGGCUGCGCUAACAGAGACUGGACCCUGUGCAACAUUCGGCUUCAUGAACUGAGUCUGUGCGGGGAGCUGGGAAGGGGGCUUGGAGAAGCUCAGGAUGGCGGGGUCGGCAAAGGGCUGCGGAGGGGCUCCCUGUGAAGCAGGUGCAGCCACUUGAGGUCUCUGUGAAAGGUGCUGGUGCUGCUGCUGCUGCUGCUGCUGCGGAGCUGGUUUAGUCGACUCGAGUGACAGAUCAGUAAUGGCAGAGGCAUCGAUUGAGUAUUGAGCAUGGCGCUGGCCAUUCCACAGGAGUGUGACUAUUGUCAAAGUGAAUUAGAACACAAUUGCAGAAGAACUGGCGAAAUAUACGGUAUCAUACCAUUUUUAAGCAGU